AAUCCAACCCUCCUCACACGACCAUGGUGAGCGCUAGGGAUGUCGACACGACGGCGGCGGCGAACAAGCAGCAGCAGGCUAAUUGCCUGGCCCCCAACCCCGGCAAGGCCACGAUCCUCGCCCUGGGCCACGCUUUCCCGCAGCAGCUCGUCAUGCAGGACUACGUCGUCGAGGGCUUCAUGAGGAACACCAACUGCAACGACCCCGAGCUCAAGGAGAAGCUCGCCAGGCUAUGCAAGACGACGACGGUGAAGACGAGGUACGUGGUGAUGUCGGACGAGAUCCUCAAGAGCUACCCGGAGCUGGCCCAGGAGGGCUUGCCGACGAUGAAGCAGCGCCUGGACAUCUCCAACAAGGCGGUGACGCAGAUGGCCACCGAGGCGUCGCUGGCCUGCAUCAAGGCGUGGGGCGGCGACCUCUCGGCGAUCACCCACCUCGUCUACGUCUCGUCCAGCGAGGCGCGGUUCCCGGGCGGGGACCUGCACCUGGCGCGCGCCCUGGGGCUCAGCCCGGACGUCCGCCGCGUCAUGCUGGCCUUCACCGGGUGCUCCGGCGGGGUGGCUGGCCUCCGCGUCGCCAAGGGCCUGGCCGAGAGCUGCCCGGGCGCGCGUGUCCUGCUCGCCACCUCCGAGACCACCGUGGCCGGGUUCCGCCCGCCCAGCCCCGACCGGCCCUACGACCUUGUCGGGGUGGCGCUCUUCGGCGACGGCGCGGGCGCGGCCGUCGUCGGCACAGACCCCACCGCCCAGGAGCGACCGCUAUUCGAGCUCUACUCGGCGCUGCAGCGCUUCCUCCCUGACACCGAGAAGACCAUCGACGGCCGGCUGACGGAGGAGGGCAUCAAGUUCCAGCUGGGCCGCGAGCUCCCCCACAUCAUCGAGGCGCACGUGGAGUCCUUCUGCCAGAAGCUCAUCAAGGAGCACCCUUCUGCUGCUGCUGCGGAGGGUGACAACAUGUUGACCUAUGACAAGAUGUUCUGGGCGGUGCACCCCGGCGGCCCGGCGAUCCUGACCAAGAUGGAAGGGCGGCUGGGGCUGGACGGCGGGAAGCUGCGCGCGAGCCGGAGCGCGCUCCGGGACUUUGGGAACGCGAGCAGCAACACCAUCGUGUACGUGCUGGAGAACAUGGUGGAGGAGAGCAGGCAGAGGACGGAGGCGCCGGCGCCGGAGCCGGAGCCGGAGGGGGGUCAGGAGCAGUGCGAGUGGGGACUCAUACUGGCGUUCGGGCCGGGGAUCACCUUCGAGGGGAUCCUGGCAAGGAACCUCCAGGCGCGCCUAGGCGCCAACUAGCAGGAUCGGAGGACAUGAAUUUGCUUGCACGCACAUUACAAGUUCGUUUCGUGCUUUCUUUGGUUUCUGAGGCCCGUGCACAAAUUUACCUACCAGGAAGAAAGGUAAUCAAAUGUC